AGCGCAGACGAGCCUGUUUCCGGCCGGAGGUGUGAGUGUCGCACUCCAUAAGCAGCGAGGACCGACACACGCCAUUGUAUGAAUUUGUGCAUUCGCGUCUUUUUUGUUUAGUUUUAUUAAGGUUUUAUGUGCAGUUAGAUUUAACAGUCCCUUGUUAAAUCAUCGACUCCCGUUUUUAAGGACAAACAUUUUAUUUACAAUUAAGGACAUGGCAUCAGAUUCGUGGGCCCAGGCUGUCGAUGAACAAGAAGCCGCAGCGUCGAUAGGCAACUUGCAAAUAAAUGAAAAAGAUGACAAACCGAAAGCUGAAGCGAAUGGGGCAAAGACAGAUGGAGAGAAGACGGAGGACGAUGAUAAAGAUGACAAGGCAGCACAGUCGCUACUGAAUAAACUGAUCCGCAGUAAUCUAGUGAACACGACCAAUCAAGUUGAAGUCCUUCAGAGGGAUCCGACCUCUCCGCUGUACUCCGUCAAGUCGUUUGAAGAGCUACGAUUGAAACCUCAGCUACUGCAAGGAGUGUAUGCCAUGGGUUUCAACAGGCCCUCCAAAAUCCAGGAGACCGCAUUGCCCAUGAUGCUCGCAGAACCUCCACAGAAUCUGAUCGCUCAGUCUCAGUCAGGCACGGGUAAAACAGCUGCCUUUGUGCUGGCCAUGUUAAGUCACGUGGACCCUGAAAACAAAUGGCCUCAGUGUAUGUGUGUGUCCCCCACAUACGAGCUCGCCCUACAGACGGGCAAGGUCAUCGAACAGAUGGGCAAAUUUUACCCUGAAGUCCAACUGGUGUAUGCCAUCAGAGGAAACAAAUUGGAGCGGGGAACAAAAUUACAGGAACAGAUCGUGAUUGGCACUCCUGGCACUGUUUUGGAUUGGUGCCAGAAGCUUAAAUUCAUCGACCCCAGGAAGAUCAAGGUGUUCGUCCUGGAUGAAGCUGAUGUCAUGAUCGCCACACAGGGCCAUCAAGACCAGAGCAUUCGUAUCCAGAGGAUGCUUCCUAAAACUUGCCAGAUGCUGCUGUUCUCUGCCACAUUUGAAGACACCGUGUGGAACUUCGCAAAGAGGAUUGUUCCCGACCCCAACAUCAUUAAACUGAAGCGCGAGGAGGAAACUCUAGACACCAUCAAGCAGUACUACGUCAUCUGCAACAGCAAGGAGGAGAAAUUCCAGGCUUUGUGCAACAUCUACGGAGCCAUUACUAUCGCACAGGCCAUGAUCUUCUGCCACACCAGGAAAACCGCCGGGUGGCUGGCAGGAGAGCUGUCCAGAGAAGGCCACCAGGUGGCGCUGCUCAGUGGCGAGAUGCAGGUGGAACAGAGGGCAGCGGUCAUCGAACGUUUUCGCGAUGGCAAGGAGAAGGUUCUCGUUACCACUAAUGUCUGUGCUAGAGGUAUUGAUGUGGAGCAAGUUUCAGUCGUCAUCAACUUUGAUCUGCCAGUGGACAAGGAUGGAAACCCUGACAAUGAGACGUAUUUGCACAGAAUCGGGCGCACUGGGCGAUUUGGCAAGAGGGGGUUGGCGAUAAACAUGGUGGACAGCAGAUUUAGCAUGAACAUCCUCGACCGCAUCCAGGAGCACUUCAAUAAGAAAAUCGAGAAGCUGGACACAGAUGAUUUGGAUGAAAUCGAGAAAAUUGCCAACUGAGCGGCCGUCUUGGUUCUUCUAAUAGGACUGUGCUCGCGCUACGUUUUAAAUCAGAGGCUGGAAGCAGAGCUGUGCCAGAGAGGAUGUUUACAUGUGGAGCAGUUUUAUCUCAGAUGGGGUUUUUAUAGGUUUUGUUUAAACAAAUUUCACUCUUUGUACUUGUUAAUACAUUUUGAAUGUCUAGUCUUAACGUCACGUGUACGGGAAUGCUACAGCAGCGGUCUGGGAUAGAGGCACGAGGAAUAUGCCUUUCAAUAUACACAAUUUCAUCAUGAACCUUUUAAAUUGACUUUGCCUUCACACAAAGCGUUAUAUUGAGUUCCAACAUGGGACUCCAAACCAAGGACUCAUAUUGUCAUAAUUGCGGAUGAGAUUUUUGUGGAACGAGCUGAAUUUUCUAUC